AUGUUGAAUGAAGAAGUAUUGUUGUCGACAUCUUUAGAAGAUUCAGCUACAAACAUUAUAGAUUUUCGUAAUGGAAACAUUAUAUCAACAUUUAAACAGAACAAAUGUGAGAGAAAUUGUUUAAGUCUGGUUUCAUUGACGGGACAACCAAAUAGAAUUGGUUUGAUAUUAUCAGCUCAGAAUGAUAAAGCAUUGAUACAUGUUUAUUCUUUAUUUAAGGAACAAAUACAUAAUAAAUUAUUUUGCCCGGAGAAAUUAGUAAGUUUAAGUGUUUCUAAUAAAGGUACUUAUUGUGCUGGUGGUACUGAUAACGGGAAAAUAUACAUUUGGGAGCUAUCAACUGGCACAUUGUGUAAAGUAUUUGAUGCGCAUUAUAAGAAAAUCAAUGUAAUGAGAUUCACUAAUGAUGAUAUUGCAUUGAUAACUGGAAGCGAUGAUUCAAGUGUUAAUGUUUGGUUAUUUGGCAGCAUUUUAGACACUGAUGAUGAUGACAAUAAUAAUAAUGAUUUAUUAAUCCCUUAUUAUUCUUGGUCAGAUCAUUCAUUGCCAAUAACUGAUAUUAUAUGUGGUGUUGGUAAUUUUAAUACUUGUAGAAUAUUAACAUCUUCAAUGGACAAUACUUGCAAAAUAUGGGAUUUAUCAACUGGAUAUUUAUUAACAACAUUUAUAUUUCCAAGCAUAAUCAAUUGCAUCGAAUUUGACAAAAUAGAAAGAAUGUUUUUUUGUGGAUGUAAUAAUAAAUUGAUUUAUCAGGUUAAUUUGUAUAAAAAUAUCGGUAAUAGUAGUAAUGGUGGUGGGAUAAUAAGAUCAGUUGGUGGAAAUAAAAAAAUUGAAGAUAUUGAUACUAGCAAAUCAUUAAUAUUUAGUGGUCACAAUUCACAAAUUACAUCAAUAGAAAUGCCAUUAUUCAAUGAUAAUAUAUUAAUAUCAGGAUCAGAAGAUGGAGAAAUAAUAGUUUGGGAUAUUUUUAGUGUCAUAUUAAACAACCUACUUGACCUCUGA